AUGAUGUUCGACGAGAGCGCUAUCGUGUUGAUCCUCCCUAUCGUCUUCACAAUUUUUUUAUGCAUCGGCUCUGCGGUAGUAAUAUUAUUUUUAACGAUCCUGAUAUAUGGAUGGAGCUCGUUUAAAGACUCCCCAUUCUACGAAAUUGUGGUCUGCGUAACCGUAGUCGACUUGCUACACAUGUUGCUGCAAUGGUUCCAGACAUUUCCAAAAUUGAUGUUUCCGAAGAGCAGUUUCGCAAUAACUACAUGGCUCGAUCGAACCAUUAUUGGCCCAUACGGACCCGACACGACCGAUCAGGCACUUCACAUUUUUGUUUUUCUGAUUUCGUUGAACCGUUUCGCAGUAUUUGUCGUCCCAAAGCUGCUGAUCAUGUUCACCAGACGCACCAUGCCGUUGACGAUCAGUGCCUGCCUAAUUUUUCUUGGCGGACUAAUGUUCCUUCGCUCAAUGGGACCCAGAAGGCAGUUGACGAACGAUCCACGGGACCAACACCCUCCCGAUCAACCACCGCCACCUAUGGAGACCACAGCAAGACCGUUCAACAUUGUCGCUUUUCUGCCAACGGUCAUACAGUAUGGGAUGCCCUUGAUCAGUCUCGUCUUCUAUGUGCUUAUCUAUUUAGAACUGCGGCAGCAAAGACAAAAAACUACAACAACCAUAAAAAACCACGACAAGACCCUGCUGUUACAGGUGUUUAUCGAGUCCGUACUUCUCGAGAUGGUACGCGGAAUCGAUUUGAUACCACCGUUAAUGGACGGCUCACCGACAGCAACGUUGCUCGAUUCGGCCAAGUUUAUGGCGACAGUGUGCAGCCACGCCCUAAAUUCGAUCUUCUUCCUCGCCAUGAAUCAUACCGUACACACCGUUCUACGGUCCAUGCAGCCGUGCUUUAGUAGAACAUCAAAACUUCCGCUUUCAACGCUUAAGCAGGUGGCUAGGCCGUCGCAGCCUGGCUUUGGUAACUUCUCCAAUAUAAACGCUUUCAUCGCAAAUUUGGCGUCUUCGGUGACCUCGCCUGCAUGCGAGGGACAUAUCAGAGUCAAAGCUACGCAUGGCUGUCUGGCAAGCUUGCGUCCUUCGUCGGCCGAAGCAUGGCAGCCGAUGAGUAAUCGAACCCGUAGACGACACUCCGGAGCUGUGCCGUCAGUCGGAUUCGCAGUUUACCAAUUCUUCGAU